AGCCCGGGAAUCCGCUGUGUACGAGUUGUCACCUGCGCAGCAUCCCUUCGCUCCUUCAAGAUCGCAUCUAAAGUAAUGAUUAUUUCGGUCCACGGCUGCUUAGUUCCGCAAAUUCCCGUCGCGGCGCUGCAUUCACGGGAGUGGAAAUGUCGGCUUAUAUUUUACAGGCCAGUUAAAACGUAAUUUUAGAUCUGAAAAAUUAAAUAAAAUCUCACGACAUCACCAAUUGUAUUUCCAUCGUCCGCGUAAUUGUUUAAAGACGUUGAAGUGGCCGUUAGGGGUCGAGUGUCGCGAUUCCGACGUAGGGACAUCGUCGUCCAUUUAUGAGAUUUCCUGGGACAUGGAGGCCAGAAGGAUUGUGCUAAUUUUAUUAGAAUAGCCCGCGUUGUUUUGUGUAAAAUGUGCACGUUUAUGUUGUUAAUGUUUCGAUACAACGUUCCGCACUGGCGGGAUUCCAACAAAACGUUAUUUACCGUGAUUUGCGACAGUCUUCGCUAACUAAUGUGGACACACCGAGUCCGAUGAUCCGCUUCGACAGUAUAUUUGAUGCGGAAAAUGUUAAUCGUUGUAACUGCAAACUGCACCGCUGCGAGGCGAGCCCACGCGAUAACCAUUUAAACACGACACUAAUGGAGUUUGUAAGAUUCCUCCUCCUCAUCGCCGUCGUAGCGACCGUGGGCGCUGAGCAAUAUGAUCUCGAAACAAAAGAUAAAGCGAAGGCGUCCCUGGCGGCGAAAAAGGAGCAAAAGUCGAGGUCGGCGGCGCCGGAGCCCGAGCGCGGCUCCUUCCAGCGGCUGACGAGCCUCAUGAACAGGAGCGAGGAGAUGGCGAACCGCCGCCGUGGGAAGCAGCUCAUCAACAAGCUGAUGCAGCUGGGCCCAAGAAACACGCACGAUAAUAUGAUGAAUGACAAUGAAGGCGCAAUAGCGACGAACCAGAAGUCGAUAGGCGAUAACGACACGAACUCCUUGACGAAGAAGAUGAAGGAGUUACGUAGAGGCGAUCCCACGUAUGAAGCGCUGUCGAAGAACACAUACGUGCCGCAAGUGACUGGUGUGUUCUGUAACUUCGAACUGACGAAUGGAUCGUUGGACAUGUGCAUGUGGCAAUGGAACUCCACGGUGUCCAGCCAUGGGUUGGGAUUCAGGGUUGUGACUGCGGCUGAUGUGGAAGAAAUGAACAGGACGACGCAAGGUUUGAAGUUCUCCGCGCCCCCGGCUGACGCUGAUUAUAAUAAGGAUGGACAUUUCCUUUACCUUCCUGUAGAUCCAACGAUGGAAAAUAUGGUGAUCAAAUCCCCGCCGUUCCGCGGGUUGCGUGAAUUCUGCAAGUUUGAAGUGAAGCUGCAUCAGAGCAAGAUGCAAAAUGCAAGCAUCAGACUCGUUUCCGAAUCCACAUUUUCCGAAGUGCAGUGGAUCCUUCAAGAAUAUGCUGGCAAUAAUGAAAAACUGUGGUUACCAAUGAGGUUCAUGAUAGGGAAAGUACAACAAGAGGUCCGGAUAAUAAUAGAGAUAACGCGGCCAAAUUACGUGAGCGUGGCGCAGGUACUACCACACAUUGCGAUAGACAACAUACGCAUGGUGGAGUGUUUACCAGAGCCGCCGGUUUACAAUGGCGAGUGUCAGACUAGACAACUCAAGUGCAAGGUUAUGAAGAAAGAGUCAUGUAUCAAGAUGCAACAGAUUUGCGACUUGGUGAAGGAUUGCGACGAUGGUUCAGAUGAACAGCAGAGUUGUGAUAAAAUGCCCUAUGGGUCAUAUUGUAAUUUUGAACAAGAUGCAUGCGGUUUCGAAAAUGUCCCGCAGCCAAUCCUAAAAUGGUCUAGACACAGUGGUCCAACGCCCACAGACAAAACAGGUCCAAACUACGACCACACUUGUGGACCUCCCAACCUCUUGUACACGACCGCAAAUCCCAUAAUCCCGCUAUCCCCAGCCCAUAGGAAUUACUCGUUGUCCGUCUGUCUUGGUUAUUAUUUCUUUGUUAAUAUGAACGUUACUGGACCAAAUAAGAAGAAACCGGAUUUCGCGUCAACUGCAGUUAUGAAAACUGUUAUAUUCAACCCUCCACCUAAAGUACAUGGCAAUAUCACGUCGAGAUAUUAUAAUUGUUGUACGAUACGAUUCUAUUAUCAACAAAAUGGCCGAAACUAUGGCUCCUUGAGUGUUGACGUCGUCGAACUCACUUCUCGAGGUAAUAUAACUACUUCUCUCUGGUUCUCGACCAAAGACAAAGGAGAGAACUGGUAUAGAGCUGCCAUUUUCUUACCCAAUAUUACUAGCAGAUACUAUCUUCUAUUCAAGACAAGAAUGGGUAUGAGGAUAUAUUCAGAUUCAGCUAUAGAUGAUUUCUCAAUGUCUCCCGAAUGUUUUGGUUUGAAUAUAAAUGCGACAGAACUGGGAGAUUAUAAUUAUUACGAUCCAGUGUUUGAGGAGAAAACCACGCCGCACGCUGAUUUUGCUGAAUCUACAAUGUACCGCUUCACAACAUGCGGUGCGACCGGCCGAUACGGGCCCAACCAAACAAUGUGCGAUAUCGCAUACAACAAUACGUCUGUGUCAGUUAACGUGGUGCAAUCCACCCCCUACGCUGGUAUACAGGUGUGGGAGGUGCCCAAUGAGGGGUUGUAUACGAUAAUAGCGACAGGUGCGUCUGGAGGUCUGGGCUCAAUGUGGGCAGGUGUGUCCCACGGGGCACAAGCCCGCGGUCUGUUCGAGUUGCAUCGCGCUGAGAAAAUAUACAUGCUCGUGGGGCAACAGGGGCAGAACGCCUGCAAGAAGACGCUAUCAGCCCAAGAGAGCCACGAGAUUAGUAUUCUUGGUAAAAACGGUCGUCCCGUACCCCUUCUAGUCGGCGGUGGGGGUGGGGGUAUUUCCGUGGGGGUUUUCCGGGACGAUAAUUCCCAACAUGCCCGGGGAAGGACGAAUGCUACUCCGGAGUCGGGGUAUAUGUAUGGACAGCCGGGGCGAACUUCUGGUGCUGGCGGGGGUUGGGCGGGUCGGCGAGGUCCACUCACGCCGGGGUUCGAGCUGGUCCGCGGAGGCGCGCUGCAGGAGGGGGGGUGGCUUGGUGGUAGUACUCACGAAGGCGUUGGCCAGCACGGUGAAGGCGGCUGGUCCUAUAUUGAUAAUGUUCGAGCUAUUAAAGACUACAGCUCUGCGGGAGUCGCAUUGCGUACUGGGCCAGGAGAAGUUCUUAUCAUUCCGGCUAUACAUGCCUGCGGUUGCAACUAUCGCUGUGUGGCUAUGAACGAAUACAGAAGCGAAGUGAAAUGCUACUGCCCAGCCUCGUGGGCUACUGAUGCUAAUGAUGCUACUAAAUGUAUAUUGGAAGAAGCCUGGUCCCAGGGCUGGUGGAUUCUUAUCAUAGUUCUAUGCGUCAUUGGAUUUGUUUGCAUGGUCACUGUGCCGUGCGUGUGUCUGCAUUUGUAUAACAAAUACCAGCGUAAAAAAGAAGCCGAGUUGCAUCAAAAGCGUCUCCGCGAACAAGCGGUGCAACUGCACAACCUGCCCGCUGCCCCCGAUGGGGCACUGGGCAUGGCGUUCAACCCCCACUACGGGAGCGAGACCUUCUGCCCCUUGGGGGUAGAUGUGAAGGGGUUGCCCCAAGUGGCGAGGGAGAAACUGAAAUUGAUAAAGGCUCUCGGCCAGGGUGCCUUCGGCGAGGUCUACCAGGGCCUGUACAAGCACCAGCCGGGCGACACGGUCGAAAUGCCAGUUGCUGUGAAAACUCUGCCGGAAUUGUCUACUGGCCAAGCAGAAUCUGACUUCUUGAUGGAAGCCGCUAUUAUGGCGAAAUUCAAUCAUCCCAAUAUUGUGCAUAUAAUUGGGGUCUGCUUUGAUCGGCAUCCGAGGUUCAUAGUGCUAGAGCUCCUGGGAGGGGGAGACCUGAAGCAAUUCCUGCGCGACAACCGGCCCAAACCGGAUCGAGCCAGUGCGCUCACUAUGAAGGACCUCAUACUUUGCUCGCUCGACAUAUGCAAGGGCUGCAAGUACUUGGAGUCGCAACGGUUCAUACAUCGGGACAUAGCGGCCCGCAAUUGCCUACUAACGUCCCGCGGGCCGGGCCGCGUGUGCAAGAUCGCGGACUUCGGCAUGGCGCGGGACAUCUACCGCGCGGACUACUACCGGAAGGGCGGGAAAGCGAUGCUGCCGAUAAAAUGGAUGCCGCCGGAAGCGUACAUAGAUGGCGUGUUUACUGUUAAGACGGAUGUCUGGUCCUUCGGGGUGCUCCUGUGGGAGGUGUUCUCCCUCGGCGUGAUGCCGUACACGGGCUGCUCCAAUCGGGAGGUGAUGCAGUUGGUCUCUGGUGGUGGCAGGCUUGAUAAGCCUUAUGGUUGUCCCGCGGACGUGUACCGUCUCAUGUGCGAAUGCUGGAACCCCAACCCCGAAGAGAGACCCUCCUUUGCGCAGAUGUUCGAUAGACUGCAGAGAUUCUUGCAGGAUCCAGAAAUAACGAGCGCCCCCCUCCCAAUGAUGAGGUCACUCAUACCUCUCACUCACGACUAUUUCGACCACCUCAACGGAAUGCCGCGGUCGUCAGCGUGUGACUACCUCGUGCCGAUGCCGCCGCAGGAGCAGACGACGGACGAUAGCCCAACGGAUCCGUUGGUACCUCAUAGCAAAGCGCCAACGGCGACAUCGGACAGCCAAGAAAUGGAGGAUUCACCAUAUCCACCUCUACUGAAAGCAUCACCAGAAUAUGGCAACAUUCGGGCAACGGCCGCGGCCGCGAGCGCACGUCGCGAGGCCUGCGCUGCUUCCGCCGCAGAGACGAGGAACAGCACAAAGUUUCUGCCGUCUAAUUCCACCGACAGGUUGCUAAGUUCAGUAGAAGUGGCAUCUAUGGACGAGGACUCACCGUCAGAGACAGACAAACCGGCCAUCUGGGAGACGUCGUUUAUAGAAAAGAAAAGCGCCUCAGAGAAGGCGCCGAGCAUCGAACCUGGACCCACUGUUGAAAAGUUAAUAAGCAUCACCCCCACCUCACCAAAGCCACCAGAGAAUGUGCUGUCACUUGCAAUAGAAUCGAAAGCAGACAAUAAAAUAUUACCCGAUAAGAACAAAACAAACCCCGACAAGAAAAUUCCGGAUAAAAAUAAAAACACCCUCACAAUUGAUAAGAAAACCGCUCCAAUAGCCUCGCCAGACCCCCCUCGAAUCAACGCAUGGGCCAAAGAACCACCGAAAUUAGUCCCUAAACCGAAACCCCUGUGUCUAGAUGCAGCACAGCUGGAGCAAAACCUAAACGCACUAAAAAAGAACAGUGGAUCUGUCAACCUGACAACCAUGAAUAUUCUACCCCCUUACAUAAAUGUCGUAACUCCAAACAAACUGUCGGAGUCGAAAACAAUCCAAAUAGACCCCAAAAAGGCAGUUAUUCACGACUUACCAACAGUUACAGAGCAAAGCGAUGAGAAAUCAAAACUAAAACAGUCAAGUUCCGCUGCAAGUUUGUUAAAUGGACCCCUGACGGAUGUGCCGUACGCUGAUAGCGAUAACACUUCAUCCGGUUCCGGUAGCAUGCAGGGAAACUCGAGAAAUAAAAGUUAUCCCGACAUAAAUAUCGUGAAUAGUAAGAGCAAAGUCAAAAAACAGGGUAGCGAGGGCGAUAAGGUCGAUGUCGAAAUCAGUUGUUAAACCGUUAGCCGAAAAA